AUGUCAAUUUCGCAAUGUCAUUUUUGGCACGAGUGGGUUCCCUCCCAACCCUCCCUCCAUUUCACGCUUCAAAUUUCAUCUUUCAUGCCCAAAACUUGUGGACUGGGAAGACCAUGUCUCCUCCUAGACGGAGGGAAGGCACGUUUCGCUUAUCAUCCCAUCCCACCUCGAGUUCAAGACGUUACUGGACUGCCGGACCAUCACCCGUGCAACGACAUGGGUGCAUCGGCCAUCACAGAAAGGCCUUCGUGUUUAUCGUUCUCACACGUCUCUGUCAAGUUUCUAGCAGGCGCCGCAACCAUGUCCAGGAGUAAGCUCGCGUCGCCUUGCCACUGCGCGCGAACUCGCGACGGAAAGCGCCAGCAGGCCUUUACUCCGUCCCAAAGGCAAGAAGCGUUGAACGCGUUCCGCGUUUUCGACAUAAACGGCGACGGAAAAAUCUCACCAGCGGAGUUGGCGCUGGUUCUCGAACGACUCAGUCGGACGGAAACCGUCUGCGUCUCCGUCAGCGAACUAAUCCAGUCAGCCGACGUUGACGGCGACGGCCUAGUUGACUUCGAGGAGUUUGUGAAUUCUUCCCUCUUGUGGCGCUCCCCCGAUUCUAGCGGCUGCGACGCGUGCCGACCCAGCGGGAAUCCCGGAGAGGCGACAGCAGCACCGACAGCUGAAGACGGCGAGUUGCGGCGGGCGUUUGAUCUGUUCGAUCGCGACGGGAAUGGCACGAUUUGCGCGGGAGAGCUUCAGCAGGCGAUCGCGAUGUUAAGCGGAGACGCCAUGUCCAUGGAGGAGUGCCAUAGAAUGAUCGCUAGAGUGGACGCUAACGGGGAUGGCAAGGUUGAUUAUAGCGAGUUCAAGCACAUGAUGGCGGGUGUGCUUUGCUGA